AUGGCAGGUCAAAGGAAGAUCAUAACUCAGGCAAAAACAACAAUUUUCAUCUUUUUUCUUCUUAUUAAUAUUGUUUCAUCAGAAAUAAAUUGGAAGCUAAGAAGCCUUCCACCUGCACAUUACAUCUUUAACAUUCAAAACUUCUCUUUGCUUUCCGAUGCGAAAGCCGAGUCCUUCCACUCUGCUGAAUUUGAAGUUGGCGGCUAUAAAUGGAAGUUGUCUGUGUAUCCCGGAGGAAACAAGAAAAAAAAUGGGGAUGGAUACGUAUCCUUAUAUCUAGUACUGUCCGAAUCCAACAAACUCACUUUUAAUCAAGAGGUUAACGUAUAUUUCAAGCUCUUCGUUUAUGAUCAUAUUCGCGGCAAUUACUGGAUUAUUCAAGGAAUUAAAAGAGAGUGGGGAUUCGACAAACUUGUUUCUGUCACUGAUUUUAAGAAUGAAUCCAAUGGAUACUUAACGGAUGACUGUUGCAUUUUUGGUGCUGAGAUUUUAGUUGUAGAAAAUGCUAAUAAAGGUGAGUGUUUGUCCAUGGUGAAGAAGCCUGCCAACAAUAAGUAUACAUGGACAAUUCACAGAUUUUCAGAAUUGAAUUCAUUAUAUAGUACUGAUUCCGAAAAGUUUGCCAUCGGUGACACUAAAUGGGGGCUACGGGUUUAUCCAAAAGGGGGUGAAGAAGAGGAAGGCAAAAGCUUAUCCAUUUACUUAUUGCUAAACGAUAAUGCAAGUUCCGAGCCUGGAAGAAAGUUGUAUGCGGAAUACCUGUUACGAGUACGAAACCAAUUUGAGGAAAAACAUCGUGAAGAGGAAGCUCAUGAUGAGUUCGAAUCCAAGAAUGGAUGGGGUUAUCCAGAUUUAAAUGUCUCUCAAUGA